CUUUGGGCAGCGGGUGAGAUUUCAGACACAGCAGGAUUUGGCUGGGACGGAACCUUCUGUACCAGAUUUUGAAAGCAGCAUUAGCAGGAGAAUAAUCCCUCAGCAUCUUGGUUUUCUCCUCCUCGACCGCCAUGGGGCUAGAAGCUGUCCCCCACCCAUACUGGCCUCGGAACCUGGAGCUCCAGCAUUACAUCCCCAACGACCGGCCCAUGUGGCAGAUUCUGACUUUCUUCUUCUCCACCUUCGGGGCCCUCUUGAUACUGACGUGGCUCGCAGCCCGGUGGUGGAGCAGGACGGUUGCCCCUCUGGGAACUGGGCGCUCCUUGGCAAUCUGCUGGUUUGUCAUCUGUGGCAUUAUCCAUAGUGUCAUCGAAGGCUGGUUUAGCCUGUACCACAUGGAAAUCCCAGGGGACCAAUCUUUCCUCUCACAGCUCUGGAAGGAAUAUGCCAAAGGUGACAGCAGAUAUGUCACAGCAGACAAUUUCACAGUUUGCAUGGAGACCGUUACAGCCUGUGUUUUGGGGCCCCUAAGUCUCUGGACUGUGGUAGCAUUUCUGUCACACCAGCCCCACCGGUUCGUGCUGCAGCUGGUAGUGUCGCUGGGCGAGCUGUAUGGAGAUAUUCUCUACUUCUACACUGAGUACCGUGAUGGUUUCAGCCACAGUGAGAUGUGGCACCCAAUCUACUUCUGGUUUUAUUUUGUCUUCAUGAAUGCUUUGUGGAUUGUCUUUCCCUUUGUCCUCAUCUUAGAUGCGUGGAAGCAUCUUAGUGCUUCCCAGAGGAUAAUGGAUGCCGGCAAGUUCAAGAAGCACUGAUCCCCACCCAGUGAAUCAGAAUGGAUUGUAGCCAUUCAGGACCUGGUUAGCUACUUCUUGCUCCUUUAUGUAGGUCUUUCUCAACUGUAAUCCCUCCAGUUCCACUAGGUUCCCCCCCUCCUCUUCUGAUUUUAAAUAGAACAAAUUGUGGUGAAACAGCAUAACCUAUGGUGGCAAUUCUCCACUCUUAAGAGUUCAUAGCUCAGAGGUUAAGGUUGCAAUUCUAUCUGCACUUACCUGAGCACAAGCAUCUUUGAAUCCAGUAGGUUUUACUUCUGAGUAAAUGUGCAUAGGGCCAGGCUAUCUGUAACACAGCCUUCACAAUGUAUUAAAUCGAGCAGUGCUAUGGAGAACUGCAUAUGAGGCCGUCUCCCUUCUAGACCUGGGGCUAUGACCUCUUAGGCUACAAAAGGGGCUGCAUUGUCUAAUAUUCAUAGCAUUGCUUUGUUUGAACACAGAACUGCACUAUGGAGGCUGCAAGGGGUGUGUGUGUUCUGUCUCUCUUCUAGUCUUAGAUCAAUAUGAUCUUAAGCUAGGAGACAGAACGCAGGGCAGCAUCAUAGUGGUUAAGCACCUAGCUUUAUCCCUAUGCCAGUGGAGAAUCAGCUGGUCACCUAGUGGCCUUUUACUUAAGGCAAGUGGCCAGUGACUGAGGCAAAGGCUGAACUGAGUAGACACUACUCACUAAUGGAAAUGCAUUGAGAUGGACCAAAAGAGAGGCACCCCUGCUCCCAAGGAACUGCUGGGGAUCGGAUGGUAACAGUGUACUGGGGACAUAUAGUAUGGAAAGGCUUUGACUUGGUUGUUUUACUCCUUGCAAUUUCCAACUCAUUUUUUCAAGCUCUUUUGGGAUUCAUAGACAUCCAUCUGUGCCUGCAGCACAAAAGCUACCAUGAAGAAAAAAACCAGAAUUGUCCCUCUGAAUACCUUUGAAGCUGGGAUCUGCUUCUUGCCUUUUGGAUAGAUGUUUUUAUAAAGAGUGCUCCAGCUCAUCCCCAUAAUCAGGAUCCACACAGUUCUGAACAAAUGAUUUGAAUACCUUCCGUAUGCUGCUGAGCUCACUUCUAAAUGUGGGGG